GCCUAGUUCCGGGGUGGCGGUGGCGGCGUGGGGAUGGAACCCCUGCGGGUGCUGGAGCUGUACAGCGGCGUGGGGGGCAUGCACCAGGCGCUGAGAGAAAGCAGUAUACCUGCACAUGUGGUGGCUGCCAUUGAUGUAAACGAUGUUGCUAAUGAAGUAUACAAGUAUAAUUUUCCUCAAACACAGUUACUAGCCAAGACAAUUGAAGGCAUUUCAUUAGAAGAGUUUGAUAGAUUAUCUUUCAAUAUGAUUUUAAUGAGCCCUCCCUGUCAACCAUUCACAAGAAUUGGUCUGCAAGGUGAUGUGACUGAUCCAAGGACGAAUAGCUUCUUAUAUAUUCUAGAUAUUCUCCCCAGAGACCUGUUAAUAAAAACAAUAGAAAAUUGCGGCUUUCAGUACCAAGAAUUUCUAUUAUCUCCAACCUCUCUUGGCAUUCCAAAUUCAAGACUACGGUAUUUCCUUAUUGCAAAGCUUCAGUCAGAGCCAUUACCUUUUCAAGCCCCUGGCCAGGUACUAAUGGAGUUUCCCAAAAUGGAAUCUGAACAUCCUCAACAACAUGCAAUAGAUGCAGUCAAUAAAACUGAAGGAAAGAAAAUUGAACCAAAUAUUUGCUUUGAUAGCAGCAGACAGUGUUCAGGAAAAGAAGCCAUUCUUUUUAAGCUUGAAACUGCAGAAGAAAUUGAGCGGAAACAUCAACAGGACAGUGACCUCUCUGUACAAAUGCUAAAAGCUUUUCUUGAAGAUGAUAUUGACGUGAAUCAGUACUUUUUACCACCAAAGUCGUUGCUGCGAUAUGCUCUUUUGUUAGACAUUGUUAAGCCCACUUGCAGGAGAUCCAUGUGCUUUACAAAAGGUUAUGGGAGGUACAUAGAAGGGACAGGAUCUGUGUUGCAGACUGCAGAGGAUGUGCAGAUUGAGGAUAUCUACAAAUCUCUUACCAAUUUGUCACAAGAAGAAAAGAUAACAAAAUUGUUAAUGCUUAAACUUCGAUAUUUCACUCCUAAAGAAAUUGCAAAUCUUCUUGGAUUUCCUCCAGAGUUUGGAUUUCCUGAGAAUAUAACAGUGAAACAGCGUUAUCGACUACUUGGAAAUAGUCUCAACGUACAUGUAGUAGCUAAACUAAUCAAAGUACUAUACGGAUAAUCUUAAAUGACUUUGAAAGAUGGUCACAGUAUUCCUUCAUAUCCAGACGGUAAUUCUGAAAUUCUAGUUUAAUUAAUUUUGAUGAAAUUCAACUAAAUUACCUUAAUCUCUCAUAACAAAUUUGAAUGUAUCACAAAAAUGCCAAUUUGUUUCCUUACAUUUAUAUUAUGUCUUUUGUAAAGUGAAAUUAUUGUUAUUCUUUAGGUGAAUAUAUUUUCAUAUGAAGUCAUUAAAUAUAUAUCUAGUAUUCUUUUUUAUAAUAUGGUAUUAAAUAACUUUAGGAACAUUAGAAUUUUAAUGUUUUCAUCAAUAUUUUAUACAGAGACAUAAUAGGCAUAUUGUAAUGAAUCUGAGAAGUUGUAUUUUUUUGUGUUAAUUAAAGAAGUUGUUUUGUGAA